CGAAGAGCAAGGCGCUCCUUCCUUCCUUCCUUCCUUCCUUCCUUCCUUCCUUCCUUCCUUCCUUCCUUCCUUCCUUCCUUCCUUCCUUCCUUCCUUCCUUCCUUCCUUCCUUCCUUCCUUCCUUCCUUCCUUCCUUCCUUCCUUCCUUCCUUCCUUCCUUCCACGUGCUUGUGAGCGGCGUGGUCUCCAUGACGACCAGAGCGCAAAAGUGCCCGGAUCAGCUUUGCUCGGCCGACAACCCAAGCGCACGUCUCGUCUUGUUUUGUUGUCGGCUGCUUUUGCUUGCAAGCUCUUUAAGUUGCCAAUCAAAAUGUCGACCGGCGAGGACGACAUAGAGAAGAAAGAGCAGAAGAAGAGGAAGGAAAAGGAGCAGGAGGAGCGCGAACCGGACGCGGUGGAGCGCAGCGAUGGUGUGUUGCUGCGCGGGAUCUUCAAAGUAGGCAAGAAGAGCCACGACGUUCUCCUGACUGCCACCCGACUCACCUGGACCCCCGUUCUGCCCGAGAGCCCCGCAGGUGAGGCGUGCCCGGCGCCGCCCGCCGCGCUGAUGCUGCGCGACGUCCUGGCGGUGAAGGUGAAGCGGCGGCGGUCGGCCGGGCGGCGUUCCGGGGGCCCCGUGCUGGGCCUGGCUUUGUUCUUCUGCAAGCGACGGGGCCGCCGGCUGGAGGAGGACACGCUGCACCUCCACAACGCGUCCUCGGAGCACGCGCGCAUCUGGUACGACGCCUUGAGGGAGCUUCUGGCAGGUGUGUGCGGGCGGCCCAGGCGCUUGAAGGUGUUCAUCAACCCCAGCAGCCACAAGAAGGAGGCCGUUCACGUCUACAGGGAGCACGUGGCGCCCCUCUUCAAGAUGGCCGACGUCUGCACUGACAUCACCGUGACAGAGAAGAGGGGACACGCCCUGUCAGUGAUGAAGGAGCUCAAUGUGGAUGACUUUGAUGGGCUGGUGUGCGUGGGCGGCGACGGCUUUGUGGCGGAGAUCUGCCACGCCGUGGUUCUGCGAGCCCAACUGGACGCCGACUAUCCCUGUGUUCCAGUCAGGGCGGCGCUUCCUCUGGGGAUCAUCCCGGCGGGCUCUACGGACGUGAUUUCCUGUUCUGUUCACGGAGUGAGAGAUCCAGUCACGGCUGCCAUGCACAUCAUCCUCGGCCACGUGCAGCGGGCGGACAUGUGCAGCUUGCGCUCGGCGGGGCAGCCGCCGCGCUUCGCCUUCGCCGCCAUGUUCGGCUUCGGGGCGCGCAGCCUGGCUCGGGCCGAAAAGAAGCGCUGGAUGGCGCCGGCGCGCCGCCGCCACUACGCGCUGCUCAAGACCCUGGCCCGCUUGAGAGCGGAGGACUGUCAGCUGUCUUUUCUCACCAGCCGCGCAAACAACCAGGACCCCAAUGAUCAUGAUGAUGGCGACUCAGAGGGGGCGGAGUCUUGGAGCAGCGCCGAGGGCCCCUUCCUGAGCAUCGGCGUGAUGGCCAUCCCCUGCCUGAGUCCUCACGCGCCCCGAGGGCUGGCCCCCAACACCAAACUGGCAAACGGCAGCGCGGCCUUGAUCGCGGUGAGAGCCACGUCCAGGUCGGACUUUGUCAAACACCUCAAGAGCUACGGCGCCCCCGGUGGCCAGUUGGACUUCUCCUUCGUGGAGACGCACGCCGUGACAGCGGUGAGGCUCCGCCCCCGUGGCUCGACCGCUUGCACGGAGGACGAAAGCGACGACGGCGCCAGGGUCAGGUCCACGGCCAGAACCAGGGCCACGUCCGUCGUCCAGUCGGACGCCGCCCUCAGCUUCCCUUGGAACAUUGACGGAGAGCUGCUGGAGUUCCCCAACGAAGUGGUCAUCAGGCUCCACGGGCGACUCAUCGGCUUGUACGGCGAGGACGUGGAUGAGGCCGAGUCAGCGGCGCCCUGCGGCUGCAUCUGAGCCAAGACCUGUCGUUUGGCCCCGUUUCCACGGCAACACAACGCGCCCAAGUACUUCCCUGUGUCACCACCUUUUUGGAUUGGACUAGCGCUUUCCAAGAAACUCCCUGAAUCCCUUAGAUUUUCUACUUUGUUUGGAAAAUUGCCAUUUUGUACUGGAAAGUGGACACGUCGGCCGUCACGUUUGAGAUUCAGCAUCAGCCAAUGGAGAGAGUUGUUGUGUGUAUUAAAUAGAAAAUACAUCAGUAGAAACACAAGCAAGACUUUACAGGGGCACAACAAGUUGGCACGGCCGGCCAGUGUUGCUCAACGGGAGGUCCUCGACUCGACUCGACAAGCAGGGAGGCUCACUUGAGGUGGAAGUCAUAGGACGGAUGAUGCCAAAGCUUUCCCGGGAAAGCCUUGCCAUGGCUCCGUCUGGCUUUCCUCCCUCCCUCCCUCCCUCCCUCGUCUUCCAAAAGUGGCCCGGCCGUUGGUCCUUAGGACUGGCUCUCCCGGUUGCUGCGUUUGGGGACGUAGUCCCAGCUGUCACGCUUCAACUCCUCCUCCUUCUGCGAGCGGCGCUUGAAGAAACCGGCCUGCGCCCAGC